AUGAAGUUUAUCCACCUCGUCGGACUCCUCGUGAGUGCGUCGCUCUUCGUCGUGGCAGACCUCACUGGGGCCUCCAACAACGCACCCGUCGAGACGUCGCCGAAACUGGACGUCGAGCCACCCAAGCAAACAUUCCGCGCUCUUUCAACAGUCCAAGGAGGGGACGAAGAACGCUUCCUGAUGCGGUUCUUCGAGUGGUUAAUGAGCUGGUUCAGGUCGGGCAAGAUGGCGGAGUUUGAGGAAAAGCUCAAGGAGGUGUACACGUUGAAAGAGGCUGAAUCGGUCGUCAAUCUGAUGGAACAUGCCCCGCGUCCACAUGUCCUUAGUGAGAUCAAAGUCGAUGUCGCUCGCCGUUUCAUGGAGAGUGACGCGCUCGUGGCCACGUACAAGCAACUCGGUCAGCACCACAAGCAGAAGGUUGUGGGCAAGGACUUUUACAAUUUCCUGCGUGGGCAUCUCGGGGAUGACGUGGCAGCGAUUGUGUUGGAGAUGGAGAGACAAAAGGGUAACAAAAUCGGGAAGGAGAUGGCUAAAGUGAUUGAGAAUGCCCAGUUUGAUACCUGGACGGCGAAACUGGCAACUCCUCAAACUGUCGUCAUUGAAAAUUUUGGCGUGCCCCUCGCUAAAUUUCAGGGGCUGGACCCUGUGGACUGGAGAAAACAGGUUAUUCGACGCUACGGCGAUUACCAACUACGUGAUGUGUUGGGACACGGCACGUAG